AUACCACAAACACACAAGCAAUUCACCAAAAGUAGCUCGGUAAAUGGUAAUGGCUGUCCAAGGUCUGUUUUCAAGCUUCUUACUUGCUGCACCUCCCCGCAUUCCUCCUCUUCCUUUUGCAAGAACUGGUUCCAAAAUUUGCGCAACUAAACCCGUUCAAUGCAUCAAAACAACUGAUGUCCCGCAUCAAGGUUCUGGCUCCCGAAGAAAUGCUAACUAUCCACCAAGUUUCUGGGAUUACAAUCUAAUCAAGUCACUAUCCAGUGAUUAUAAUGAAGAGAAAUAUGUAAAGCAGGUGGAUGAGUUGAAGGAUGAUGCGAAGCUUCUGAUCCAUGCAGACACGGAAACACCAUUGGCCAAGCUUGAGUUGCUUGACUCAGUGCAGAGGCUAGGGCUGAAGCAUCUCCUGAAGAAAGAUAUAAAGCAAGCAGUUGAUGCUAUUUAUAAUAAUAGCGUGGAUGCAUGGUUGAGUGAUGAUCUUCAUUCAACAGCUCUACGAUUUAGGAUUCUUCGGGAACAUGGAUAUGCAGUGUCGCCUGAUGUGUUCCUGAGGUUCACCAAUGAGGAAGGAAACUUCAAGGAAAAUCUUUGCGGGGAUGUGAAAGGGUUGCUCAGCUUGUACGAAGCAUCGUUCUUUGGUUUCAAAGGCGAGGACAUCAUUGAUAAGGCCAAGGCCUUUUCAACAACACACUUGAAGAAUGCUGUAGAAAGGGAGAUAUCGCCAGACAUGGCAAGAAGAGUGAACCAUGCCUUAGACAUGCCUUUGCACUGGAGAUUAGCAAGGGUUGAGGCAAGAUGGUACAUUGAUACUUAUGAGCAUGAGCACAACAUGCUUCCGAAUUUGCUUAAGUUAGCCAAGUUGGACUACAACAUAAUCCAAUCGGUUUAUCAGAAGGAAGUCAGCAAAUUAGCAAGUUGGUGGGUAGACAUUGGUUUGCAAAAGAUGACCUUUGCAAGAGACAGGCUAGUAGAACAUCAUUUCUGGUGCAAUGGAAUAGUUUCGGAUCCUGAGUAUAGUGAUUUUCGAAUCAUGACAACCAAAGUGAUUUCCUUGGUAACAAUCAUUGAUGAUAUGUACGAUGUAUAUGGCUCUUUGGAUGAGUUGGAGUUGUUUACAGAUUUUGUUGAAAGAUGGGAUAUUACUCAAAUCGACAAGCUCCCAAUGAACAUAAAGACUGUUCUUCUUGCAAUGUUUAAUACCACAAAUGAAAUCGGAUACUGGACAAUGCAAGAGCGAGAUUUUAACAUCUUGCCUUAUUUAACCAAACAAUGGGUAAAUUUGUGCAAAUGUUAUCUUAAAGAAGCAAAGUGGUAUCAUUCGGGACACAAGCCCACGUUACUGGAAUAUUGGGAAGUUGCCGCAGUUUCAAUUGGAGUACAAAUCCUGUUGUUCUGUGCUUAUUUCCUAACUGCCGAGAAGAUUAAUGUGGAGGCUUUAGAUUACGUAGACAAAGUUCCUAGUAUCAUGUGGUGCCCCUCCAUGAUUGUUCGGCUCACCAACGAUUUGGGAACAUCAGCUGCUGAAAUGGCACGAGGAGAUACUCUGAAGUCAGUCCAGUGCUACAUGAAUGAUACCGGUGCAAGUGAAGAAGUGGCGCGAAAAUAUGUUGAGGAAAUGGUGCAUGAGACAUGGAAGAUUCUGAACAAAGAUUUGCUGGAAGAGUAUCCUUUCGGCGAAGUAUUUGUGGCCGCCAAUCCGGAUAUGGCGCGGGCAGGGCAGACCUUCUAUCAGUACGGAGAUGGACAUGGCAACCCUCAACACCGGACCAAGGAUCAUUUGAGUGCGUUAUUGGUGGAACCCUUCACACUCUGAGCCAGUGAUGGAAACAACUGCAGCUUGGCUCCUAUGACUUGUUGUAGGCCACUUUAUAAAGCCAAAUUCAUGUCUGCAGUCAGUACUAUGAAAUAAAUCCCAUCUGUAUCAGAUUUAUUGUCAUUUUCUAUGAAUGAUUCAUGUGAUUUAGAUGGGCUCCUGAUGACUUGUUGUACGUCAAGUUAUAAGCCCAAUUUCAUGUCUGCAUCAGUAUUAUGAAUACUUUAAUCCCAUCUUUAUCAGAUUUAUUGUCAUUUUCUA